AUGGACUGCGCCUUUCCGUUCAGCUCUGCUGCACAACGCUUGCUGCAGCUGGAUGAGGAGCAGCGGGAUCAGUGGAAGUACUCUCGGUGUAUAAGGCCCCGGUACCACCACAGUGAGCACAGCCUGAGCCCAGUUGGCCAGGGAUGCCCCAACAGCCGCUUGGAGCCACUGGAGUGCCGGGAUCUGCUGGUCCAGAAUGCGCUCUUCACCGGGGACCUGGAGAUGGUGCAGAAGUAUUUCACCAAGAGUGCAGCCAUCAAUCUCAUCAUUAAGACCAAGGGUGAUGAGCUGCGCUGGACCAGCAGGAAAUUUGGACUGUGGUCUCUGAGCUAUGAGCAGGAGCUCACCACGCCGCUGCACAUCACAGCCAGCCGGGGCUACACAGACUGCCUGCAGCUCCUGCUGCUCAGGGGUGCUGCCGUCAACUUUGCGCCAGGGGGUAAGACUGCCCUGCAUGAGGCUUGUGCAGCAGCCAGUACAGACUGCGUGCGCCUGCUGCUCCGCUUUGGUGCUGACCCUGAGGCUGUCUCUGAGGAUGGCUACGAGCCCCUGCAUCUCUGCAAGAGCCCAAACUCCAUCGAGUGUGUCAGGCAGCUGCUGCAGCAUGGCGCCAGUGUGAACAGUCGGACAGAGGAGGAACGCGACACAGCACUGCAUGUAGCAGCACGGCAUGGCCUAGCAGACCACGUCCAGCUGCUUCUGCGCUAUGGAGCAGAGCUGGAGGCAAAGAAUGAGGAGGGGCAGACGCCACUGAAUGCUGCCUGUGCUCAACCCCAUCAACCCCAGGACAUGGACCGCUACUAUCGCGUCUGCCAGCUGCUGGUGGAGAGUGGUGCUAGUAUCAAUGCUGCAGAUAGGGACCGCCAGCACCCACUUCACCUGGCCUGCAAGAAUGCCAAUGCUCAAGUAGCAGAGUUACUGCUGGCCCGGGGUGCAAAUGUCAACGUCAUGAACUACAGCGGCAACACGGCACUGCACAAUAUCCUGCAAGCAACUGCCUACAAGCUAGAGCACCACCCAGAGCUUGUGGUGCAAGCCCUGCUCAACCACGGUGCCAUCCGCAUCUGGCCUGGUUCCCUCCUCAAGGUGCUGCAGUACUGCCAUACCUGCCCGCGUGUCAUCGAGGCCCUGAUGAACAGCUAUGAUCACGUGCGCGUCUCUGAGGACUGGGUGGAAGUCGUUCCAGCAGAGGUUGUACAGAAAUACCCGCGUUUCUACCAGUCACUUUUCUCCCUGGAGCAAAGACCUCGCUCCUUGCAGCACCUGGCUCGCUGCACACUCAGGACCUUCCUGGAGGGCCGGUUGCUUCUGGUCCUGUCUCAGCUGCACCUGCCAAGUGCCUUGCACCGUUUCCUGCUGCUCGGCUUCGAGGACGUCCUCUACUAA